UUUCGUAUUUGAAAGUUCAUAACUGUGUUGAAAAGUGUUGGCGAUACUUUCUUCAAGACAGAAGUACAACUUGAAAAUAAUUUCUGUUGUUAUUUUCUUAAGAACCUACCAAAACCUGAAUCAAAGCCACCGGUGAAUUCCGUGUAUCCCAGAACUAUGGCAAACUACCGGUCCUUUUACAGUAUCCUUGCAGGACUAGCAAUCCUUGUCGUUUUCGCAUCAUCAGCUCCUGCCGCUCCUUCCACCAGUGCGAGUAAGACACUCGUCGAAAACUUCGAACAUGCUACACAACUCCUAUGUGACUACAAAACUACGCUAGAAAGUCGUCUGGAAGCCAAGGCCCAACGUAAGGUACCCGGAAUAUCUGCAUCCAAAUCUGAUUCCAAUACAACCGACCUGCUUCGUCAUGAAUUCUCUAAAUUACAAAAACAGUUUAUCGCUUUAAGUAAAUGCGGUUUGCUUGAUGAAGCAGCAAUCAUCAAGCUAAAUAAUACCUUCAAUGAAUUCAAUAAAUUCGUUGAUGAAAAAUCCGAAGAUGACCUAAAGAAAGCUGUCAAAGUGAAGGAAUUGGAGGAAAAAUUCUUAGCAUUGCAGAAAAUAUCGAAGACUAUAUUAGCAGUCUUGAAUUCAAUUGUUCGUAAUGAUAUUGUAAGAAAUGUUCAAUCUCGUCGGUUUUCGGAUGCUGAACAACAAUUACAGUAUUUCGAUGAUUAUAAAUAUCUAGCCAGCCAAGUUUACAACGAAUCAAUUGAUAAUUUCGAUUUGCUGCUAAAUUUUGGAAGCGCUGUCAAGGAUCAUAAACACAGAUUCAACGUGUACAAUGCCUUGUAUAACGAGAUGAAAUCCAAUGGUCAUAAAGAUAUUUCGAAGCUUCUUCAGUUAAGCGAAUCAUUGCAGAAAGGAAUUUCAAGAUUAUCGAAUGUCGAUAUCAUAGUUGAAAUGCAAUCACUUUCACUCAUCAGUACCUUAUGGGAUGAAAACCAAGAUGCGGCCAUCGAACCCAUUGCUAAUGCCUUCCUAAACGACAGCUCUUGGGAAAUGGUUAAACAGCUCACUAAUGGUAUCAACGGUAGUUCUGUGAAAUAUGUUGACAAAGUUUACACCAAAGUUAUCGAAAAAAUCUUUGGCAAGAUGGACACGGUGGAAAUAUUGAGAAAAGCCGAGGCAAAUUUGAAAUGCUUGGACGAAUGCGUAUCGAUUCACCGAGCAGUUUUUAAUAAAUUACAAAGUAAUGGAGAUUUAUUCGGAAAUUCCACCAUAUCUUUAACGCGUUACAUAAAAGCAACCAUGGAUGAUGCGGACUACAAAAAUUCUCACCCGGAUAUGCAAACUCGUCACAAACAAAUCAAAGACAAGCUACCCAAGUCUGUGAGAAACGCUGUAUUUUCGUCAUUGGUAUGCGUUAAAAAUACCAAGUAUAAUGAGUUCUUUUAUGCAUCUGGUUUAUUGAAUGAAACAAACUCUAAUGGUUUACAUAAUGUUUCCACUUUGAUAAAUGGCGAUGGAGGUAGCCUGGCCAAUUUUAAAUGGAAAGUGUCCUUUUUGGGUAGCAAUACGAAUUUCAAUUUGACCAACGAAGCACUGAAUGAAUACUUAUACUCGUCGGACAAUUUUGAGGGUUAUAGACGAAAAGUUUUUACUAAGAAGUUAUCGUCUGAUACGGCCACCGGUGUAAAUGGUUCCUGGAGAUUUGAAGUGAAUGGAGAUGGAGUUUUUAUCAUAAAUGUUGAUAGAAAUGAGUACCUGUUUGCUGACGAGAAGAGAAAAGCCAUGUCUCAACGUGAGGUAUUUACGUCGACCAAGGUCACUUCUGGAGCAGUUCCAGCUGAUAGUGGGUGGGAUAUCGUUGAUUGCACUGAUUCUAACCAAACUCCUUUCAAAGCUUAAUUUAAAUCAUUGAGUUACUUUGUAUUUUUUUUAUGAGUUUUCUCUUUUAAUUAUUGUGCCCAUAGGAUUACAGUGGAAUCCCUAACAUAACAUUUAUCUACAUUCUAUAACCAUAUCUAUUUAAGUAUAUUAUUGAUGGAUUAAAUUAAUUACCUAUUUAUAAGUACCUAUUAUAUUACGUAUUUAUUUGAAACCUUGGAGUAUAAUCAAAUAAAAUUUCUGUUCCUAUAAUUUAAAAAUGUUGUAUAAUCUACCUAAUAAUUCCAUCUGUACCCCCCUUCAACGUCGAGCCUCUGUGAUUCAUUUUUUUAAAAAGUGGACCUCCUAAGGAAAAUUUUAAAACUAACUUGCAAAAAAAAAUGGCGGCCAUUUUGAUUGACUGGUCAGCAGAAAUCGGACUCGCACAAAAAAAUUUGAAUCGGUUAAAGCUACUAGAUCGAAAGAGGUUGCAAAAAUACUUUCAUCAUCAGGCAAAUUUUCUGGCGCAUAAAAUGGAUUUUUUGAUUUUUGGUGAAUUUUUAAAAAUCAAAUCUUGAAAUUUUCCGUGAAAUUUUACAAAAAGAAGUUGGAAAACUAAAAUUUUCUUAUAAAUAUACUCAUUGUA